GCCCAUUGGGCAGCCAAAAAGCCAGUGCCCGAUGGCGAAUAACGCGUGGAGCAAACCUCUUCAGAUUCCUCAGCUUCUGCCUUUACCUUCCCUAUUUCCCAGUGUCUCACGCUUUCGAUUCCCAAUUUCCCCAACUCAACGCCAAAUCUAUUCCCUGCUUCUCUGCCAAGGAAGAACAUGAAUACUGACCAUGACCGUGGCCGUGGCGGUAGCCGUGGCCGAGCUGGGAACAUCAGAGGCUAUUCAAGUCCCCGUGGGGCCUGGAAAUCAGCGCAUCGUUACAAACCUCUUGGAGCAGACAGCUCUCCUGAGGACUCUCUUUGUGGUGAGGAUGGAUUGUCCAUACGUGAGAAGAAAAAUUUAGGGCAGAUGUCAGCGAGUGGUGUUUCUAAGCACACUGAGCAUAAACCUAAAUUAGGUACCACAUACCAGAAGAAGUGGAUUCCAUGUGGUUCGAAAGAUGGUUUUUCUAAUGUCAGGAGGUAUCAGCAAGGAACAAAUUCACCAGAUGGUGUAGGCAGUGGAUCAAAACAAUCCAAGUGCUUAGUUACUUCAGAUUCAGCUUAUAAACAGGAUGUUCCGCCAUUGUCUGGGCAUUCAGGUUCUGAGGGCUUGGAUGGGGGGAGCAUUCAGAUUGAGCAAACCUUAGGUGGGAAGACUGCUGAUGUUAAUACAUUACAUCAUGACUUCUCAAACAAAUUGACAAUUUCCGGUUCACAGAGUGAGAUUCAGCUGCCCUCCCAAUCUGUUAAAAAGGAUGAGCCUGACCCAAGCAAGAGUCCAAAAAGCUCAACUGGCCAUAAUAAUUCAAAGCAUUCUGGACACUCAGCUGAUGUUAUUACAUUACAUCAUGACUUCUCAGACAAAUUGAUAAUUUCCAGCUUGCAGAGCGAGACUCAGCUGCCCUCCCAAUCUGCUAAAAAGAAUGAGCCUGCCCCAAGCAAGGGUCCAAAGCAUUCUGAACACUCGGCUGAUGUUAUUCCAUUACAUCAUGAUUUCUCAGACAAAUUGAUAAUUUCUGGUCUGCAGAAUGAGACUCAGCUGCCCUCCCAUUCUGCUAAAAUGGAUGAGCCUGCCCCAAGCAAGGGUCCAAAAAGUUCAACUGUCCAUAAUAAUUCAAAGUAUUCUGAACACUCUGUAGUGCUUGAUCCUUUUGAUAUCUGCCCUCCCAAAACUGUGACCUCUGUUACCCUAAAACCUUCUCUACAUGCAAUGAAUAGACAAAAACGAAAUGAAAUCAAACGGUCUGUGGAAGGACAAAAUGGAAUUGAGUUGAGGUCUGGGAUGAUUCAUUUAAAGGGUUACAUUUCUUUAAGAGAUCAGGUCAUGAUAGUAAAAUCAUGCCGAGACCUUGGUCUGGGUCCUGGAGGUUUCUACCAACCUGGUUACCGUGAUGGAGGAAAACUGCAGUUGAGGAUGAUGUGCCUUGGUAAGAAUUGGGACCCUGAGGCAAGGAAAUAUGGAAACAACCGGCCAUAUGAUGGUGCCAAACCACCCGUUAUACCUGAUAAUUUGUAUCAGUUAGUCAAAAAGGCAAUCACUGAUUCCCAUUCCAUUAUUCAGAAAAAUUCUAAAGCUAGCAAUGUAGAAAACAUACUCCCCUGGAUGUCACCAGACAUUUGUCUUGUAAAUUUCUACACAGUGAAUGGCCGACUGGGUCUCCAUCAGGAUUGCGACGAAAGCCAAGGAACUCUUCAUAAAGGAUUACCUGUGGUAUCUUUUUCCAUUGGUGACUCGGCAGACUUCUUAUAUGGGGAUCAGAGAGAUGAAGACAACGCAGAGAAGGUUAAGUUAGAAUCAGGAGAUGUUCUAAUAUUUGGUGGGAAAUCUAGGCAUAUUUUUCAUGGUGUUACUACCAUUCACCCAAACACCGCCCCGAAGACUUUGCUUGAAGAAACAAAUCUUCGUCCUGGUCGGUUGAAUCUUACUUUCAGACAGUAUUGAAAACCUUGAUUUUGUAAUUGGCAGUCUCAGUGAUUGUAUGCUCUUUAUGUUUCCUCAGUUUUAAGGGCUAGGAAGUAAUGACACAGAAGGUGCUUGAAAAAUAGUGUUAUGUAAUGACAGUAUGUAGAUAAUAUGUGGGUCAAUGUUAUAGCACAUUUUUAACUGUUAAACGAUUUGUAGGAGCUUUCUUCUCACUGAUAAACGACUUGUAGUAGCAUAUUUGUUU